AUGCCGACGAGACUGACGACGAGCCGCGUGCCCGAUGCCGACUGGGGCUCGAGCUUGGCGGGCGCCCCGCCGGCGGAGGGGCGGAGGUCGACCAGAUGGUCCUGCUGGACGGAGGCCUGGAGGAGCCGCUGGUCUCGGCCCCCCGGAAGGCCCUCGACGGCCCCCUGUCCGUGGGGGCAGCGGAGGCGGCAGACGCCGGGCAGGACCUGUGGGGUUUCUCCGAAAGGCUUAGGCGACCCGUCCUCCUCCUCCUCUUCCUCCUCCUCCUCCUCUUCCUCCUCCUCCUCCCUCCUCCUCCUCCUCCUCCUCCUCCUCCUCCAUUUCCUCCUCCCUCUACCCCUCUUCCACCUCCUCCUCCUCCUCCUCCAUCUUUUCCUUCUCCUCCUUCUCGGGUCGCCUACGGCCCCGGGGGAAACCGUGCAGCAGGACCCCCUGAGCAACCUGCCGCGCUACCUGGACAGCAUCUUCCACGUGGAGCGUCGCGGCAGCACCGUGGCGCGGGAGGUGCGGGCCGGCAUCGUCACGUGGGUCACCAUGAGCUACAUCGUGGUCGUGAACCCCACGAUCCUCAGUGCCGCAUCGGAGCACGGCGGCUCGCCCAUCGGCUUCCACACCGCCUGCCACGCCACCUGCCUCUCCGCGGCCCUGGCCUGCAUCUUUGUGGGCCUCACGGCCAACCUACCGUUCGGGCUCGCCGCCGGCAUGGGGCUGAACUCUUACGUGCGCUACAGCGUGAUAGGCAAGCUGGGCCUCGGGUCCGAGGCGGCCUUGGCUGCCUGCGCCACCCAGGGCCUGCUGUUUGCCGCGCUGAGCGCGACAGGCGCGACAGACAGGAUGCAGGAGAUAUUGCCCCCCAGCAUGAAGUCCGCCAUCACUGUGGCGAUCGGCGUGUUCCAGGCCUUUGUCGGGUUCCAGAUCAUGGGCCUCGUCGUGCAGAACGACGUCACCCUGGUCGAACUCGGCGACGUCUCGCAACCUCGUCUCUGGCUCACGGCUACGGCGACGAUCCUCGUGGCUGCGCUCAUCAUCCGCAGGACAAAGGGCGCACUGCUGAUAGGUGUCUGCUUCACCGCCGCGGCAUGGAACCUGCUCGGGCUGCCGAACUCCCUCGCGGCAGCCGCGGGCGGCGCGCUCCCGCCGCCCGAGAGCUCGCUGCCGAGGCUGGACUUCGAGGCUGCCUUGCGGGAGCCCCAGGCCUUCUGGUCGGCUGUGCUCUGCAUGCUCUUCGUGGUGCUCUUCGACACCGCGGGCGUGCAGUAUGGCAUCGGCCAGCAGGCCGGGCUCCUGGACCAGACCGGCGCACUGCCGGGGGCCAAGUUCGCUUACGUGGGCAGCGCGAUGGCCACCACCGUGGGCGCCUUCCUGGGCACCAGCCCGGUCAUCAUCCACAACGAGAGUGCCGCCGGGGUGCAGGCCUGCAAGGAGGGUGGCCGCACCGGCCUGUGCGCGGUGGUGACCGGGCUGCUCUUCCUGGCGUCGCCGCCGCUGGUGCCCAUCAUCGAGCUCAUCCCUCCCGAGGCCUCCGCGCCCUGCCUGAUCAUAGUCGGCGCCAUGAUGAUGGGGCCCGUGAGGGACAUCGAUUUCGGAGACCUGAAGCGACAGCUUGUGUCCAAGCCGGCCCUUCCUGCCUCGGCGAUCUGCGUCACGCCCAUGGUGUACUCCAUCUCCGCCGGGCUCUUCGCCGGCAUCGCCUGCUACUUCGUGCUCCAGGCCGUGCUGCGGCUGGCGGAGUGCAGCGAGCGGGCCGGCCGCGCCCUGGGGGCCGGGCGGCGCGCGGCGGCGGGCCGCUGCGCCGACGUACCCGAGGGCCCGGCGGGAAGCGCCCCCGAGCGCAUGCUGGCGCUGGAGGCGGGCCUGCGGCGCCUGGCCGCCCAGCAGAGGCACCAGGCGGCGGAGAUCGGGGCGCUGAAGGCCGAAGUGCAGGGACGGCUGUCGACCCCACGGCCCGCCGCAGUGCCGCUGCCGGAGGCCUCCUCGCUGAGGGAGCUGGAGGAGCUGGCGCACCACCUGAAGACGUUAGCCACCGCCGCUCAGACGUUCGGUACCAAUGAAAGCAGGGCCAGCGAGGAGCUCCCUGGUUGA